GGGAGCUGGCGGUCUGGUGGCCUUGCAUAACACACGUUAGAGCAGCCUUGCACGUAGGUCUUGGUGUGAGCUCUAGAAGUGGGGAACUUCCUUUACCGUCAGCUCGUUGCAGGGGCAGCAUACCCUCCAAAAACCGGAAUUCAGAGGCAGAGACAGAGAGAGAGGGGGAACGAGAAGGAGGCAGAACAGGAGCAGCUUUACAGCACAGGCUCCAGGAGAGGAGAGCAGCACAAAGGAGAGAAACGGGAAGAGGAGUGCUACUAGGAAACACGUCUCUAACACAGACGCACACGCGCUGACAGGCAGGAAGAAUCCUCGGACAUGCUCUGCAAGCAGUGGCUGUGGUGAGACUGAUUCCCAUUGACAUUGUGGAAGAGGCGGCUCGAUCAGAGAUGAUUCCUCAUGAAGUCUUUGGGGCUCAUUUUGUGAGCAGGAAUGGCUCCGUCUUCUCCGGUGUGAGACCCUGAACAGUGAAAACAAACAACAGAGGCAGAGUCACCAAGCCCAGAGAGGCUGGCCCUGCAUAUAACCACUGAGGGGAGGUGAGAUAGAGAGAAAGUAGCCUCAGAGGGACCUAGAAGCAGUGCCAGGGAAUAUUAAAACUGCAGCGGCACAAUGAAAUCUAACCAAGAGCGAAGCAAUGGAUGCCUUCCUCCUAAGAAGCGUGAGAUCCUGGCUAUGGAGCAGAGGCCAGUGGUAGUAGCAACAGCAACACCACCUGCUGCAGUUGCGUCUGAUAGUCCCCACACAGAAAACCUAGCAUGGCUGGCCAGUGUAGCCAGUGAACGCUGCAAAUCCAGGGAAGUAGAUAGCCCUAGAUGUCCCAUCUCCUCUGCUUCCUCCUCUUCUCCCUCUACUUCUAUUCCUUCUUCAGCCACACCUAUAUCUGCCCUACCCUUGGCCUCUCUGCCUGCAGUUUACCCCGCAGCCCUACCCCAGCAAGCUGGAACAAUCCAGUUUGCUCAACUGGGACCCAAUGUUCAGUUCAUCAGCUCUGGGCCCUAUGCAGGAUACAUAUCCUCUCAUAUUAUUUCAACAAAUGCUAAUACUGUGCAAAACAGCUCGACCAUAGUCGGACAGCGUCCCCAGCUGGAUGGUUACACCACUGCCCUUAUCUCGCCCAACACCAAAGGGGAGCAGCAGUUUCAAAUAGGCCUCUCCCCCACUGAACUGGCCCCCGUGUCACUCCCAAGCUCUCCUCAAGUCACCAGCCAGUACAUCCAUCUGGACAGCAGAGCACCUCUGACUGUCAGCGGAAAUGCCGUCGCCUCACCUACGGCCCAACUUCAGCUCCACCCUCACACAGCCGUCCUCCCCCAGACGCUUACGCUUGCUCCUUCCCAGCUCGUGGUCCAGUAUGCAGAUGGUUCUGCUGGAAAGAAACCAGAAGGGCACGCUAAGGCUGUGCUGAAUGGGGAAGUGGAAGCAGCCAAACAGGCAAAAGCCACUAGUCAGCCAGCAAACCAUCAGCAGGUGCAGAGUUAUGAGGCCAGACAUAUCCUCCUACCUGCUGACUAUGGCCAAAACCCUGCAGGACUCCAGACCUCUUUGGUGCUUGUGGCCCAGCCCAACCAUGGAGUUGAGCACGAAACUGGCUCAAAUAAGAUCUCUUUAGUCCAGACUGAGAAAGGAGGGAUUUGCUUGGGAAAGCCAGUGUCCAGACCUUCGUCUUUUGCCUCCUUUUCUUCGUCAGAAGUGGUGAAGUCUGUUGCUCCACAUACUGUCAUCCAGACCACUCUACCCCCUGACGAGAUGCCAGCCAGUCUCUACUCUUCCACACAGGCACCGAUCAUUGGCUAUAUCACAAGUGCAAACCAGCAUACUGUCAGCUACCACGCAGCACUGCCUCCGCACCUGGUCAUCCCGAGUGGUCAGUCCCUUCUCAUUCCAGUCAGCAGUUCCAAUAACUGCACAGAAAUGGAGGUUAGUCGUACUGUAAGUGCCCUCACCUCCACUACUACCCCUCAGAUAUCCACCGCCAUGCCUCAUGCCUAUCUGGCCACAGCCCUGUCCAAGUGUGAGGCACUAGGGCCAGAUGGAAAUCAACCACCCAACGCAGUUGCUCAGGCUCCAGCAUUGUCAGUACUGCCUUCAAACCCGAUUCCUGCAGUGGUGGCUACUCCCUCCCCGACUCCCACUCCGGUUCCCGCUUCUGUCCCUGCUGCCAUCCAGGCCUCCCCCUCGGUUUCCGCUUCCGCCUCUCCUGUGGCGCUUCCUCCUUUCUUCAUGCGGGGCUCCAUCAUCCAGCUGGCCGAUGGAGAGCUGAAGCGUGUGGAGGACCUCAAGACAGAGGACUUCAUCCAAAGCGCUGAGAUUAGCAGCGAGCUCAAGAUUGACUCCAGCACCGUGGAGCGUAUUGACAAUGGUCAAAGUCCUAAUGCUGUGGUUAUACAGUUUUCUGUAGGAGAGCUCAAAGCCCAGGUGUGUGUGGAGGUGCUGGUGGAGUAUCCUUUCUUUGUCUUUGGCCAGGGCUGGUCAUCGUGCUGCCCUGACCGGACCACACAGUUGUUUGAGCUGUCCUGUGCUAAGCUCUGUGUGGGGGAUGUGUGUGUGUCUCUGACCCUCCGUGGCAUGAGGAAUGGUUCUCUAACAGACAGCUCAGCUUUGGGGAAAAAGCUAAAGCCUGGCCACCUCUCUGACUCCUGUCACAACAUGGAUCCCAAUCUAAGGAACAGUAUGAGUGCAAACUCUGUGGGCAGUAACAACGGUCUUCUCAUGAAGGCUUCCAAUGGAGACAGACUGGAGAGGCAGCAGGCCACUGGUCCGGGACCAGGAGUAGAGCUACCAGCAGGAUUGGGAAUACUUCCAGGACAGGCAGAAGGGAUCUACAGAGCUGGACCUGUGCUGGCAAUCUCUGGGACUGGAGACAUAAGACAGGAAUCAGUGAAAACAGACAUGUCUACUCUGUCUAAACAACAAUGCAGUGAGACAGAGAGACCUGCAGUCCGCAAGAGACGCUGGUCAGCACCGGAGCGAGACCAGACUGAGAGAGCUGAGGACGAGCCUCCCGUGACUCUGCCCAAACCUUCCUUCCUUCCUCACGAGGUCAAAAUCAGCAUAGAGGGCCAUUCACGUACAGGGAGUGAAAGAUGCUUGAACAAAAGAGUAGACUGUUGAGAGAAUUUUAAACACCUGCAAGAUGCGUUGUGUUUAGUCCCCACCCCCAACCUCCUUCUUGUUUCUCUCUAUCCAGACUACUGUAAUAUAAGACUAAGUUUACGCAGUAUUUACAUGUUUUCUUUUCUUUCAUACAAGUCUGAUACAUAUAAUUAAGGACAGCGGAGUACCUUCAUAAGUGGUAUCACACACAAGAUCAGUGCAAUCAAUGCUGAAAGCAAAAAUGAAUGCAGAGUGAAUGUUGAGUACGAAUGGCUGGCACACAUCUGAGAGUCAUUAGGUUUGCGUGUCACAUAUCAUAAGCUGGCUCUCCGUUGGAGAUGGACUUUAAACAUGGUGGAUGCAGGUCAGUUAACCAUUUAACAAGAGCAAGCACAAACCCUGACGUCAGUGUUUAGAAAGUUUGGUUGUGAUUCACUGUUAAUUUGGUGUGUUGUGGUGCAAGGGAGUCGAAGAGAGACCUUCUGAUGUUUUGAUGAGAACGCUCAGUCAUAACAACGAUAAACUCUGAGUUUUAGUUGUUGUUUUUUUUCAUGCCGUUACAAAUCCAUAUGCUACUGCAGGUGGCCUUGUCUGUGUAUGUGUGUGUGCGUCACUGACUGUUUGUGCCUGAGCGUUGGUCUCUGUGUGUGUGAUUUUUUUUUCCAUGUCUGUUAAACAGACCACAGGAUUAAAGCGUACAUGUUGCUGGAAGCUAUGAGCUCAGUUGUUAACCUGUAAAUCAAGACUGAUAAGGCCUGAAUGUAAACCACUCAGUCUGUCCUCAGUACUGACUCGCGUUUUCCACGCCACUCACAAGAUAAGGUGACGGCAGCUGCACAUAGAUGCAUUCCUCUGGUAAAGUUCCUUUGUUGACUUUGCCUCAAUACCUUGACCUUGAGUUUUAGUCUCAUACUUUCAGCGAUUGCGUGCUUCACUAAAUUACAUCUGUCGUUAGCUGUGGCUGCUGUGUACAGUGUUUCAGAUCCAUACAAACAGAGAUAAUUCAAGUUUCAGCUAAUUCCUGUGUGGAUUGAGCCCUAAUACUGCAAUGCAAAACAUAGCUGGCUAACUGCAUUAACUAAUGAGGCACCCGGAAGACACAGAGCAACAUUCAUUUGGGGUGUUUUUCAGACAGCCAGGAAGACGUUAAGUCCACUUUAUCAUACUUUUUAGCUUUUUUUUGUAACCACUUCCUGAAGAGUAUAUCUGGCGCUUGCUAAUCUCUGCAUCACCAGCUAGUUGCUGAGAUGCUUGUCUGCUGUUUGGUGCCGGACGAGUACAAGCUAACUGAAAUCAGCUGCCAGUAAGAGUGUAGAGAGUAUGUUGCAGGCCACAACUGCACAAUAUUAAACUGAACGAUGCUGAACAGCUCUGUGGCUCUCUUAUUAUUGCAGUGAGCUUGCUUUCAUUACAGAAUCUAUGGCCUUAGAUCUAUAGUAUGUAUGUAGUUCACAGCAGCACAUGGUUCUUUGGGUUUUUCUGUUAAAAACCUUAAAGGCGGUGUGCCUUUCUUAAGCCCAUACAUGUAUUUCAGAGCACUGCUGUUCCGAUUAAAACAGCAAACUUUACUUUCUGACAGUAGAUUAGUGGACAUGUUAUUUCUUUCCUAAAGAAAUAUCCUACAAUUCAUACUCAGGAACAAUAUAUGUCUGUGUGCAUGUGAGCAGCCAGUGUAUGCUGUGUGUGUGAGUGUGUGUACGGCCUGAAACAAUGUUGUUUGUCCACAGUCAUGUGUACAUGUGUGUUUUGACAGCAGCACUUUGAUGAAGCGUCCGAAUGGAGUGUGGUGGCAGUGUCCCUCCUACUCAGCUACUAUGAGAUAUUAUGAGAAUAACUGACUGUUUUUCAUCGCAUCGCAUGUCCUAAAGGUUUAUCACUGAGAGAGAGAGAGAAAGCAUUAUAUAGCGGAGCAGGGAAUGUAAACACACAUUGGGUAAACUUUAUUUUUGAUGAUUUAUGGAGCUACUAUUCAGAGAAAGAAAGAGAGAAAUGCAGAGUUAACUAGCCAGCUAGUGUUGAUCAUGUACAGUGCAUUGUAAUCUAGAAAGUGUACAGUGUGUAUUUAACCCUUAUGUAGCCUAUGUACUGUAUGUGCCACGGCACCUCCUUCUUCAAUCAUUCCAUUAAUGCACCAAAACCAAGUGGUCCUAUCGUUUCCGUCACUUCUGGUAUUGAUCAAAUGUCAAUGAAUGUGCUAUACAUCUUCAUAAUUAGGGCCUCCUCAGACGUAGUUUGAUUUGCACACUGCAACGUUACAGUAUGUGUGAAUAUGGACUGCAGUUUCUCAUAAUAGCCAUUGAACUCCUAAAAGGGGUUUAUUGUAAACCCAAGUAACCAGACUGUUCUGUUUGUGUUUGACUGCUCAGGCUAAACACUGCCCAGUGACUGUUCUCCAAAGCUACGUGGUCUUAUAUCCUACUCACUGUUACAAAGCAGAGCUCCUGUUUGAUCCAUUUCCUUUUCCUAGCCUGGCCCAUGUUUGUAUUUUCCUAAAGCAAAUUAUUUUUCAACUGUAAGGACUCCAUGACACAGGAAAAACAUAUUUGAAAUGUCAAGUUAAUGUUUAAAGGAAAAAAGUUUUUUUUUUAAACUUUUUCUUAUUGUCAACAAAUCUCUUCGCUGCCCCCUGUCUGUGGCAUCAAACUAUACUCAUUUCUACUGAAUAGUUGGUGUUAAAGCUAAAUCAUAGUUUAUAUUUCAUUGGACAUAAAUUAGGAACUGAACCAUAUGGACAAAAGUACCAGACCACUGCACAUUGGACCUACAGGAGCUGCUCGGCCACGGAAACCCAUGCUAUGAAGCUCCACUUUUGAAUGUUAGUCACGAUUUCCUUUGAUUACGAAUUGUCAUGUUUUUUUCACGUGUUUUUGUUGACAAUAAGAGAAACAUGUUACCAGUCUUAACGUCAAAAGCCCUGCAGAGUCACACAGUUAUUGUUGUUAGUCAGUCCUCUACUCAGCUGUGCGUGCUGUGAAUUAAAUGGUGUGUAUUAAUAAAGGUAAAUAAAGGUGGACAUCACCACACUAACGGGGGCGGAGUUUGUACUUGAAAGGUUGGUCUGCACUUGUAACCACACGUGUAAGCGCUUUACUGCAAGUUCAAGACCAUUGGUUUCCCCCCACAGCAGCCAUUAUGACACAAAAUGACACGUAAACGCAGAAAUCACAUGAAUUAUAACGCCGCACCUAAACAGAACAGAUGGUUCAAUAAUGUCAAUAAUAACUCCUGCGUUUUCCAGCUAAUUCAUGCCAGAAUGGCUGCUGUGAAGUAGGUCUAUAUCACACUGUUGGAAAGGUUUAGUAAUAAUAUAGAUCCAACCCCUUUAACUCUAAUUUAUAUUCUAAAGAUGGGCCCCUUAGAAUAUGUAAUUUUCACAGCUGUUCUGUACAAUGUUGAAUAUGGCAUAUAGGUGCUGCAUUGUGGUGAUCUAUGGAAUUGCACUUUGACAUAUAGGUGUGUGUGUGCGCGUGUGUGUGUGCGUGGGGAGGGGUGAAAGCGUAACUGAUAAACACAAGUAAUGUACAGCAUGUCUGGGAGGAAUUGUACGCUACCUGUACAACAUCUCAGCGAUUUGUAAAUAGCCAAAGUCUUCCAUUCUAACGUUGGUAUGACCUUGUUGCCAGUGGAGAGGAAAAACACUGAUCCCCAUGUACAGACCUUUAAAGUGACAUUUUAUUUCUAUAAAUACUUCAUCAUUUAUUUGACAAGGAUACAAGAUACCGCUUCACCUAAGAUAUUUUCUUUUUGCACCAGCUCAAAAACCCAGGAAAUAACGGGAGUCAAAGACUAAAAUAAAAAAAUAAAAAAAAAUUUUUUUUUGUAAUUUGGGUCUGUUUGGAUAAAUCUUAGCUAAGAUAGAGUAUGUCCUAUAUGCGUACAUUAUGUAGUAAGUAUCAAUAAUGUUCCUUUAUUUUGAUGGUGUUGAUAUUUGCUAGUCAGAAAACUGUUAAAUCUUUACUCCAAAUGUUUGAUUUUACAUUUGAUCAAAUAUAUUCAAAGAAAUAAAGAGAUGA